AAUCGUCGCCACUCAAUACUCAACACCUCUAGUCAAAAUGCCGGCAAAGCGCAAGCACCCGGAGCCCAAGGAGGAGCCAAAGGUUGAGGUGCCGGUGGAGGAGCCCGAGGAGGAUGAGGACGAGGAGGACGAGGACGAGGACUUCGGUGGCUUCCUGGGUCCUCGUGAGCCUGAGGAGUACAACCCCGGCCCUGUCGACCUGAACCCACUGCAGUUUCUCGUCGCGCCCACGGACCUUGCGGAGUUUAUGAAGAGCAAGUGGGAGAAGGCGCCGCUGCACAUUCCCGCCACCGAGGAGCGCAAGGAGUUCUUUGAGGGCCUGUUUGACUUCAAGGCGCUGUGCCGCAUCGCCGACCAGAUGGAGGCCGGCGCGCUCAUCCUCAUGGACCAGGACCCGGGCGAGAAGGGCGACGCGCUGGGGCUGGAUGAUGACGUGAAUGACGAGAUGAUCCGCGACAUCGGGCCGCUGGUGUUUGGCCGCGACGUGGUGGCGGUGCGCUACAUCGACGGCAAGCGGGAGGAGAUACGCGCCUCGUUUGCUGACAGCGAGGCCCUGAAGCAGCUGCACGACGACGCGCGCGCCACGCUGCAGCUGCACCAGCCGCAGCGCUUCGUCAACGCCUGCUGGCGGCUGCUGGCGGCGCUGGAGUCGCAGCUGGGCUGCCUGGUGGGCUGCAACGCCUACGUCACGCCGCCGGGCGGGCAGGGCCUGGCGCCGCACCACGACGACGUGGAGCUCUUCGUGUGCCAGACGCAGGGCACCAAGUCCUGGAAGCUGUACAAGCCGGCGGAGGGCUGCGAGCUGCCGUACAACCCCUCGGGCGACCUGGAGCAGGACGCGCUGGGUGCGCCCAUGCUGGAGGUGACGCUGCAGCCGGGCGACGUGCUGUACGUGCCGCGCGGGGUGGUGCACCAGGCGGCGGCGGAGGAGGCGGGCUCCUGCCACCUCACCGUGUCCACCUACCAGCACUGGACAGUGGGCAACCUGCUGGGAGAGGUGAUCAAGCAAGGCAUGGCCCCUGACGCGCUGGAGCACGUGCCGCUGGAGCUGCGCCGCGGGCUGCCCGUGGGAGCCAUCUACAAGCACGGCCUCACGGUGGACAUGCAGUCCAAGAGCCAGGCCGAGCUGCUGGCCGCCGCCCAGCCCGACGCGGCGGCGGUGGCGGCGGCCCUGCGCAAGCUGGCGGCGGCGGUGGAGGCGCACCCAGUGGAGCUGGUCAGCCCGGCGGUGGAGGCCAUGGCGGCCGACUUCCUCAUGCACCGCCUGCCGCCCCACCCCGCCCAGCUGCCCGACAGCGGCGAGGAGCCGGACAGCUUGGAGGACGCUGUGUACUGCCGCGGCGCCCGCCUGUUCCGACUGGUGCCCUGCGAGCAUGAGGACGACGAGGAGGACGAGGACGAGGAGGAGGAGGAGGACGAGGAGGAGGAGGAGCACGAGGGCCCCUUUGUCCGCCUGGUGACUCCGCUGGCGAACAGCCGCUAUAAGCACAUGAUCAACAAGCCGCUGCCGGACGAGGAGGAGGAGGGCGACAGCGAGGACGAGGAGGGGCACGUGCACGGCCCGGGGUGCGGCCACCACCACCACCAUGACGAGGACGAGGAGGAGGAGGGGGCUGAGGAGGAGGAGGAGGAGGACAAGGAAGCUAAGGGCAAGAAGGGCGCGAACGGCAAAGCGGAGAAGGCGGAGGCGGCGGCCGGCAAGAAGGGCGGCAAGAAGCAGGAAGAGGAGGAGGAGGGCGAGGGCGAGGACGACGCGGAGAUGGAGGAGGCGGAUGUGGAUGACGUGGACAGCGAUGAGCUGGCGGCGGCCAUGGGCGGCGAUGACGAUGACGAGGAUGAGGACGACGACGAGGAGGAGCCCGAGGAGCUACCGGGCCCGGUGUUCCCGGCCGCCUACGCGCCGGUGCUGGGCGCCGUGCUGGCGAGCACCGCGGACAAGCCGCUGCGUGUGAGCGAGCUGCAGGUGCCGGGCGACGACGACCAGCGGCUGCGGCUGGCGGUGCUGCUGCACGACAUGGGCAUUGUGGUGUGCGUCAAGAAGGGCGGCAAGGAGGAGGAGAAGGAGGAGAAGCAGAAGGAGGAGGAGGAGCCUAAGAAGGGCAAGAAGGAGGCGAAGAAGGCGGAGCCGAAGACGAAGGAGGAGGAGCCGGCCAAGAAGGGCGGCAAGAAGGAGGCGGCGCCUAAGAAGGAGGCGGCGCCUAAGGAGGAGCCGAAGAAGGAGGAGGCGAAGAAGGAGGAGGCUAAGCUUAAGGGUAAGGGUAAGGGCGCGGCCAAGGAGGCGGCGAAGCCCACGGAGGAGGCACCCAAGAGCGGCGGCAAGGAGGCGCCCCCUGCCAAGAAGGCCAAGAAGGGCGGCAAGUAGAGCGAGCUCGCGAGAGUGUGUGUAUGGUGCUGCGAGAGGGCCGCUGGGGGGCGCUGUCGACGGGGUGGUGGCAGGGUGAAUAUGGGUGUUGGGCGGCCUGCAGGUGAGGGCCGCGGGGGUCGUUGUAGGGGCACGCAGUCAGCAGCGGCGCUGCUGGUGCUGCUGUCAGCCUGGCAGUCAGACAUACCGUAAGGUGCUGCAGGUCCGAGCACCUGGCAUGCGCUGGCCGAGUUGCGUUGUGGGUGGCGGGGGAGAGCCGCAGUCGCCACUGUGUGCGACAGCGCAGCAGCAGAUUGCAGCUGCGGGGUGACACGCGGCGGGGAUGUCCAUUACCGUAGUCAGAAAGUCGGCGGCGGGACGCGGCGCCGGGAGUGUGGUGGCGGCAGGUUUGCGCAGUGGCGGGGAUCAAUGUUUUGACGGAGAAAGUAUAUGCUAGCAUAUGACGGACUCCGCACAUGCGGUUCAGAAUUGGUUGCCAUUCUUUCGUUCGUCUGUCGUGAAGUUUGGGCGUUUGGGGAUGCGAACGGCGCGCCACAACGUGCGGCGCGCUCAGGCCGCCCAGCCGCACUGCUUGGUAUGCAACGCAGAUGACGUGUCGUUUUUCGUGUGUGCGAGUGCGUGGACGCCGAAGGAAGAGCGAGGAUUCCCGCGAGGUGCGACAGGUCCCUUUCAAAGCGAGUACUCAACAAAAGAAAGUGCAGUCCCACAGCGUAAAGCAGACACACGACUUCCGGCUGCAA